CUUUUUUUUUUUUUUUUUUUUUUUUUAUUUUGCAACUCCCUUUUUCUUUUUUUAUCUCUCAUAUAGAAACUCCUUUCAAGUUUUUUCUUUUUCACUCAAAAAAUGACUGCUGCUGACCAAGACGCAAACAGCCUUACACCACCUAUUUCCAAAGGCUCCAUCUCCACAACAAGUUGGGAAAAGGACACUGAGCCCAUUCCUCGUCUUCAAAUUGUAGAUGAACACCAAAAAUUCACCCAAGAUUUACCUGCCUAUCUUGAAAAGUGGGGUUUAGGGGACGCCGGAUUUAAAUACAAUGUGGUUGCAGUAUUUGGUUCUCAAAGUACCGGCAAAAGUACCUUAUUAAACGGUUUGUUUGGAACCUCAUUUGAUGUGAUGGAUGAGAAUCAAAGAAGUCAGACAACAAAAGUUAUCAUUUUAAACUUAUGGGAACAUCAGGUUGGUCUUUAUCAAGGUGCAAAUAUGGGCCUAUUAAAAACCGUCUUUGAAGUCAACUUGACCUUAUUCCAAACUCAAAAAAGCAAGGAAAAGACCCUCUUGUUGAUCGUCAUCAGAGAUCAUGUCGGUUCUACUCCAUUAGCAAAUUUAGCUAGAACUCUUCAAGCUGAUUUGGAGAAAAUCUGGGCUGGUUUAUCAAAGGUAAAAUAG